ACGCUCUGGUCCCCAGUGUCUCAGCAUGGGGAAAACAAAGCUUUUAUUCCAAAAGCUAUGGAAAACUUCUGCUGAUUAAAUCCAUGCCCUCUCUCUGGGGAGGAAAACAUAAUAAACACUAACAUCUCAUUGCCCUUUUAUGCAUCAUGUAUUAAUCACCCAACAAGGGCUCCUGGCUUUUCAUUGUUCCCGUUUGCAUUUGCCGUGUAACUCCUGGGAGGAGUUCAGCUUUCUCUAUAAAAAGCUGCACUUUGGAGAACAUCGUAACAGGACCAAAUUUAGGAUUCACUCGCCCAUCGUCCACCAGGAGAGAAGGCAGAAAGCAACCAUGUUUGGGAUAGGGAAGAAACUUGCCGAGGAAGCGACGCAACAAGCUGAACAUGCUGCCCAGGUGGCAGUUAACACAGCGGGCCAGACUGUGCAGCAAGUAGUGGAACAGGCUAAGGAAGCUGGUCAGAAAGCUCUUGAUGAAGUCAACAAAGUGGCUGAAACUGGUGAAAAAGCUGUAAAAAAUGUAACAAAUCAAGCAACUGCCUGGGGAAAAAGCUUUUGCCAGUGAAGAUAAUGUAACACUACGGAAAUUUUUGUAAACAAGCUUCUAUUACAUGUACUCUUAAAUAAUGAUAAUAAAAAUCUUAAAAUCUA